AUGAAGCGGUCGACCAACACCAACACCAAAGCCCGGGUCAAGCUUCCAGAUUACUGUGAUGUCGAGCCACGCCGCGAUGCCAGUGGCAAGGCGAUAUGGCCUGCUCCAGAAGCUGCGAUGGAGGGAGCCAGGGCAUUCAUAAAGGAAUGCGCAGCAAGUGGCAAGAAGGCUCUGAUUGUACCGGAUAAAGACGCGGAUGGCCUGUCGUCGGGAGUCAUCAUGCACCGAACACUGACGGCCCUGGGGCUCGACCCAACCCUCAUAGACGUGCACCUAGUUCAAAAGGGCUCCAAUGUCCACGUCGAGCCCGAACGCGCAGCCAUGGCUCGCAAAAACCCAGAUUAUAUCUUUGUCCUGGACCAAGGCUCCAUGGCAGCGCCUCCAGUGGUUGAUUCACUGGCCACCAAGUCACUGAUCAUUGAUCAUCAUUUGAGCGACCUCUUUCCAGAGCGGGCCCAGGUGGUAUCUGCAUGCCAUUAUCCUCCAGUGUCGACCACGUCCCUACUCACAUACGAGAUCUGUAAGACGCUUGCGCCCGAGAUCGCCUCAUCCGGCGCCUACCUCGCUUGUAUCGGCACGCACGGAGAUCUGGGGAACACACUCAAAUGGGCACCGCCAUUCCCGGACAUGAAGGACACGUUCAAGAUGUACACGAAGAAAUCCAUCAACGAUGCGGUAUCGCUGAUCAACGCGCCUCGGCGGACAGCAAAAUACGACGUCAUCACGGCAUGGACGGCGCUGCUCAACUCCACCGACCCCAAAGAUCUAUUGAGUAACGGCCGUCUGCAGACUGCUCGGGUGGAAAUCAACGCAGAAGUCGAACUGAACACCCACACGCCUCCGAAAUUCAGCGCCGACGGCCGAAUUGCCGUCCUCCGCAUCCACACGCCUGCUCAAGUCCACCCCGUCAUCGCGACCCGCUGGGCUGGCCACUUGAACUCCAAGGCCCUGGAGAUAGUGGUCUGCGCAAACUCUGGAUACCUGCCUGGCAUGGUCAACUUCUCGUGCCGGAUCGCGCGAUGUGCCAGGGCGAGAGACCCGCCUGUCAAUAUCAUCGACAGUUUAAAAGCCGCCGCUGCUCUUUCGACUGACGGACUGGUGGACAGACUAGGAGAAAGCUUCGCCAGGGGCCAUAAAGAGGCGAGCGGCGGCGUCGUGCCCGUCGACGCUUUCGAAGAGUUGAUGCUGCUGCUCAGGGUCGGCGAGAAGCCGGAGAAGACGGACGGCCCGGACGAGCCCAGGCCAAAGAGGCUCAAGACCAUCGAGAAAAGUCCGCAAAAGAACACCAUUGCCAACUAUUUUCGGAAGCCUUGA